CAUGGGAAGCUGUAGUAAUCACAGUUGUAGGUAUGACCUGAUCUGUGAACAAGGAAGUGACCACACAGCUCCCUACACGUGUAUUCAGGACACACAAUGUCAGUGGAGUGAUGGCUGUUCUGGUUGUAUUCAAGACAAUGGAGAGAUGAUCCAACCAAACACUCAGGACUUUACACCUUUUGGCUGCUACCAUGCUGCCGGUGCUAACACUGGGUUUCUGAGUUAUGUUAAUAUGAGGCUCCAGAUCAACUGGUAUGACAUCGGCGCGACAGUCCGGGCGUGUGCUGAGGAGACCAAAAAAAGAAUGUUACAGUACUUUGGUCUGGAGUUUUACGGGGAGUGCUAUAUGAGAAAUGAUACACUGGAUGUGUCGUACACAUUGGUUGCUGUGAAGCAGUGCUCCGAGAAAUGUGCAUUUGGUGUUGGAGCUGCUGAUAUUAUUUUCUUUUACCAGCUUAUUUGAAAAGAAGAAAUAAGAAG